AUCAUGAACGCCGACAAACUCGCCAAGCUCCAGGCCCAGGUCCGCAUCGGUGGCAAGGGUACCCCCCGCCGUAAGACCAAGAAGGUCGUCAAGGUCUCCAGCUCUGGUGAUGACAGAAAGCUCUCUGCUGCUCUUACCAAGUUGGGUGUCCAGCCCAUCGCUGGUGUUGAGGAGGUCAACAUGUUCAGAGAUGAUGGCAAGGUUAUCCACUUUGGUGCCCCCAAGGUCCAGGCCGCUGCCAACUGCAACACCUUUGCCAUCCACGGCCGUGCCGCCGAGAAGGAUUUGGCCGAGCUUGUUCCCGGUAUCUUGAGCCAGAUGGGUCCCGACUCUCUUGCCAGCCUCCGUAAGCUCGCUGAGGCUUACCAGGCCCAGCAGGGUGCUCCCGCUGGUGAGGAUGAUGAUGAGAUCCCCGACUUGGUCGAGAGCUUCGACAAGGCCGAGAUCGAGGAG